CACCUGGAGAGGGGUCCCUCUAGCGGUCACAGGGAGGACGUCGGGCUGGGUCUGGAAGGCUCCGGGUGACAUGCUCACUGCAACUGCCCUUAUAGAUCCUCUCAACAACCCAGUGAGUGAGACGCUGGGCUCACGCCUGUUUCACAGAUGAAGACGUGCUAUUUGGACAGAGACCUCGACCGUGAGAAAGAGGCAGUUGUGAUGCAGACGCUGACACCGAGUGAGCUCAGAGAGAACGCCCGACAGUGGAUCGAGGUUGACAGAAUUGUAGCAGCUGCCCAAAGGACAGCGUGGCAGCUUUUCACGCUAAAGAAACGAAGGACACCAUUGGCUCGAGAUCAUCAGGAAGCGGGCAGAGGGUGGAAGCUAGAACUCUAGGCUUGUGGUUGCCAUAGCGACAAGGAGGCCGCCGGCCAGAUUCAGCCCAGGGGGACAGACGAGGUGCUUAGAAGAACAUGUAGUCAAGUUUUUCAUCAAACAAAUGGAACGUAUCACAGAACUUUGCUAAGAUGGACACACAAAAAGACCAACACUCUGGCAAAAAAUAUUCCAGAAAGACUAAAAAAGUCCAGAAAGGUUUUACUGCUGCAUAUCCAACACAAUCCUCCAUUCCUUAUAAAUAUCAGCCUUUCGUAAUUCCAGAAUCAGAAAAAAAGGGAUUUAACAGCCAAGCCAAGAGAUUUUACCACAAACAGGAUGAUAUCCCAGGCCCGGGGUUCUACAACGUCAUUCACCAGUCCCCUGUGUUCGACAGCGUGUCAUUGUCCAAGAAAGGGACAUGCACUUUCCCUUCUAUGUGUGCCCGACUGGACACCAUCGUUUCUAAAUACCCGGCAGCUAAUGCGUACACUAUCCCAUCUCAUCUUGUUUCAAAGAAAGACUUCAGCAAUUCUUGUUCCAGCAUGUUCCAGUUGCCAAGCUAUGAGAAAGUACUCAAAUUUGAAACCCCUGCACCAAACCAGUACAAUGCCUCCGACUCCUGCUGCAAGCAGGCGAACAACGUCUGUGCCCGAGCUGGGUUCGUGUCCAAAACCCAGAGAGGACUUUUCGCUGUUUCUAAAACAGGACCCGCCCCAGGGCAUUAUGAUGUGAAUGAAUCCCUUGUGAAGCAGUCACCGAAGAUACUGAUGUCUUGUUUUAAAUCAAAAACCGACCGUGGAUUAAAGCUGACGUCAAUAGGCCCAGGACCCGGUUAUUACAACCCAAAUGGUCACCCCAAAGUUCAAAAAAAGGCUCUGAUCCCGUGAGUCCUGAUUAUUCUGAUCUUUCUUCUGAAAGGUGU